AUGAAGCCCUCUUUGCUGCUUCUGUGUCAUCUCUGGCUCUUCAGUCUCAAGCCUCUCUCAGGGGCAUCGGACUUGGCGCAAGGCACCUCCAGCCUAACUUGUUGGUAUGACUCACGGGCAGCUCUCUUCUGCAGCUGGAACCCAGGCAGGGACCUGGUUGAAGCACCGUGCCAACUGGAGAUUUUAUCGAAGUUACCAUUUUGUGACAGCCUCACCUGGUCACUGGAGUUCUCCUUAAAAUCCAGGUUAUCUCCCUUACCUGAGCACUGUGAAUUACCCAAGGCAGAACACACGACCGGACUGAGAAGAUGCAUCAAGACCUUCAGCAAAAACAGUAAUGCUCAAUGCUUCACCACCGCAGACCGUCUUAACCUGUCUGUCCGUUGCCAGAUUGGAGAGAAUACAUCUAUACCUGUGCAAAUACGAGACUUCAGCCCACUUGCAAAUAUAAAGCUGAGGCCUCCGGGAAAUCUCCAGCUGGUUAGCAAAACUGAAAACACCUACAAUUUUACAUGGAGCCUGAAUAUUUCAUCUCACUAUUUGGAUGGGGAAAGGGAAUACCAAGUGCGGUACCGAACCACGAGUCAGUCCUGGGAGGAGGCCAGGAACUUCACCAUUCUGCAGGACCAGAUGUGGAUGGUGUUUCAGAGCCUCUCACCCAACUUGAAAUAUGAGGCAGCGGUCCGUGCAAGGCCAAGUGCCUCGAGCACCUACAAAGGCGUGUGGAGCGACUGGAGUGAGACGAUACUGUGGAGGACACAUGCUGACC